CAAAAUUCUGUAAAAACAAACAUCCAAACAUCCGUGUUGUUUACUUUUUGGUGCCAAAAUUUCAUUUUUGCGUUUCCUCUUCUUAGUUUUUAUUUCUUCAUAAAUCGCGUCUAUCAAAUAUCAAUUUGGUGUAUUUGUGGACGGUAAAGGUUAAAGGAGUUAGAUUGAUUACAUUGUUUAGGUGUAGUCACUAUCUCGAAUAAUCAUUAAGAAGAAAUUGAAAGAUGGGAGUUACUGGUCUUCUUCCUAACUUGAAAGAUAUCCAAGAAGCAGGAACCUUGGAACGAUAUAGAGGUAAAACUCUCGCUAUUGAUACUUAUGGUUGGUUACAUCGAGGUUUAGUCUCUUGUGCUCAAGAAUUGUGUCAGGAUAAACCAACUACAAAGUAUAUCACAUCUAUAAUGAAUAAAGUUGCCAUGUUGAAACAUUUCGGAGUAGAACCUUACUUUGUAUUUGAUGGAGCUGCUUUACCAACUAAGGCAGAUACUGCUAAUGAAAGAAGAUCUAGAAGAGUUGAAGCGCUUCGAAAAGCUCAAGAAUAUGAAAAGAAUAAUAAAUCAAGUUUAGCUUGGAAAGAAUAUAUGAAAGCUGCAUGUGUCACAUCUCAAAUGGCUAAAUCUUUAAUGGUUGAAUUCGAUAAUCAUAAAAUAAAGUAUGUGGUUGCGCCUUAUGAAGCAGAUCCUCAAAUGGUUUAUUUAGAAAAGAUUGGUUUAGUGGAUGGGAUCUUAUCAGAAGAUUCAGAUUUAUUGAUCUUUGGAUGUAACAAACUUAUAACUAAAUUAAAAGAUUCAGGAUCUUGUGUCGAGAUUUGUCGUGAGAAUUUUUCAAAAGUACUGCUGUUGCCAUAUUUAUCAAAGUAUACUCAAGAACAAUUGAGGUUGGUGGCUAUGUUAUCAGGAUGUGAUUAUACUAAAGGUGUAGCUGGUGUGGGUUUGAAGUCGGCGUUUAACUUGGUGAAGAAAUAUAAUAACCUUGAUAAGGUGUUAAUCGCAUUAAGAGCUGAUGGUAAAACUAUCAAUGAUGAUUUUAAAGAUGAAGUAUUUAAAGCAGACUUGGCAUUUCAAUUUCAAAAAGUUUUCAAUCCUACAACCAACACAUUAGAAACUUUAAAUCCAUAUCCUGAAAACUUCGAUACAGACUUUGAUAUCUUAGAAUCUUGUUGUGGAAAAACAUUUACUCAUGAACAUUAUCAAAAGGUAUGUAAUGGAUUCUUAGAUCCUAAUAGUCAUGAAAUAUUAGUAUCUAGAGAACAAAACUUAUUCAGUUUGAAAAGUAAAUCCGUCAAUUUGGGUUCAGCUUCACAAUCAACAUCAGUGGCUAGUAGGAGUAAAUCUACUGGGUAUAAAUCUGCACCUGUGAAACAUUCAAUAAUUGACAUGUUAGGAGCUAUGAAAGCUCCUGUCAAGAAAGCAACAGUAUUUGAAACACCGGUUAAAAGACCAAGUGAGUCUAAAGUAUCACCUACAGCCAGGAAAAUCCAAAAAUUGUCUCCAGCUGAUCAACCAAAAUCAGAUGGGAUAAGUAAAUUCUUCACUUCAAAUACAGUUACUAAAGAAGAAUCAUCUAUGAAUUGGGAUAUUUCAGGAGAAUCUGAAUUUUCUGAAUUCACAGCUCAACCGUCCAAUGAUAAAUCUAAGGAAGAAGAAGUUCCUCCAAAUACAGAUAAUAUACUAGAUGAACUUACCGAUAAUGACGAAGAGGAUAUCGGAACUGAUGAGUUAUUGGAUGACAAUGAAGUCUAUGGUAGUGAUGAUGAUCCAGUGGUUGAUUCGUUACCUAAACCUGAAGUUUCGAUACCGUCAAGCAAAGAUUCUGAUGAUUUUGAAUUAUCGGAUGAAGAUAUUGAAGAAUCGCCCAUUAAACCAAAAGUGAAUUCUACUAUAGUGACCAAUAAUUUACGUCAAGUGAGAACAUCGUUACGUGAAAGUUUCCUGUAUGGACACACCAAGGAGUUUAUAGCUCCAGUUACCACUAGAGUACCAUUAUCAUCAAAAAGCAUAAAUCAAGCAUAUUCAAUAAAGGAUACAUUUAAAUCAAAAGCAAGUUUGUCGCAAAUUACAAAGACAACAACUGCAACUACGACAGCAUCAAUUCAUUCAUCUCAAGAAAUACUAAUCAGCAAUACUACCUCACUCAAGGGAAGUGUUGCUAUGAAGAAAUCUUCCGGCAUUAAUAGUUUAAAACGAUUUGCAUUUCAAAGAUAAAAGCAUAUACUUACAUUUCAGCAUUUUAUAUAACGAUUAAUAAAAAAA